UUCAACAUUCAGCUUCGAGAGAGUUUGUGUGUGUGUGUGUAGGAGUUGCGAGCAAGGAACGUCAACACGCCUGGAACGUCUCAAGUGCAGUGGUCUCAAGUGUGUGGCCUCUCAGCACUACCCUAAGCCACGUCUGUGGUCUCCCAACACUACCCUAAGCCACGUCUGUGGUCUCUCAACACUACCCAAAGCCACGUCUGUGGUCUCCCAACACUACCCUAAGCCACGUCUGUGGUCUCCCAACACUACCCCAAGCCACGUCUGUGGUCUCCCAACACUACCCCAAGCCACGUCUGUGGUCUCCCAACACUACUCGGCAAAAUCUGUGAACAUAGCACUGUGCUCUGUGGCUACUGUGUGAUCCUAGAACUCUCUCUUCUGAGGCGACAUCGUUGGAGCACCACGAGUGACAAAGAUGGGGUUGCACAGUAUACUUAAGAAGCUGAAGCAAAAGGAGCAUGAAGUUCGAAUCCUUAUGCUUGGAUUAGACAAUGCAGGGAAAACUACUGUAGUAAAACGGUUUUGUGGUGAGGACAUAAGCACCAUAUCUCCAACAUAUGGGUUCAACAUAAAGACAGUUGAGCAUAUCGUUGAUAAGUAUGGAUAUAAAUUAAACAUCUGGGAUGUUGGUGGGCAGAGUUCCCUACGAUCUUAUUGGCGUAACUACUUUGAGUGCACUGACGGACUUAUAUGGGUGGUUGAUAGUGCUGAUGUUGACCGCCUAAGAGACUGCCAGGGAGAAUUAAAGAAGUUACUAGAGGAAGAGAGGUUAGCUGGAGCAACACUUUUGGUAUUUGCAAAUAAGCAGGAUCUGCCUGAAGCUCUUUCAGAUGAACAGAUAAGAGAUAUUCUGGAUUUGAAUAGCUUAAAAACACAUCAUUGGUACAUCUUGCCGUGCAGUGCAGUCACAGGAGAAAAUCUUGUUUCUGGCAUUGAUUGGCUUAUUCGGGAUAUUGCAGCUCGAAUAUUUACUUUAGAGUAAUUUUGGCUUUUCAAAUUCCCAUUGCCCUCAAACAAAUAUUUGAUACUGUGAUUAUUACUGAGUGUUGCUAGUGAUUAUUUUUUUUUUUUUUUACAAAAGUCUAUCUAGUUUGGUUUAAGUUUUCUCAAUUUACCUGCACAAAAAAAAAGGGAAGCAUUUGGAAUCCUCAUUCUUUCAGCUCAGACUUAAAUUUGUAUUGACUAAUGUUUUAAAAUAUUUUAGUUGUUUUGUUUAGUUGAUAAUGCAGCUUCCUUAAAAUGAAUCUGAAAAUAAAGUUUGAAUACUACUGUAUAACCAUAAUACUGAACAGUUCUCAAUGGUUCCUUAUGUUCUGUUCUUAAUUGUUAUCUAGUAUCUUAUGUACAUACAAAAUUAUCUUCAAUAUUUUUCCAUAAGAUAUGCCAUACUCUACUUGCAAAUUUAUAUUAUGAUAUACAAUGCUGUAAUUACUAGACUACAUCUAUUAAUAAUUGUUAUGGUCAAUUUCAAUUGAAAACCGGCCUUGUAUAGCCAUUGAUAAACUUGAUUUGAAUACAGUACCUGCUCUAUAAUAUUUUAAACCAUGUACAAUAUCUCCAACAAACUUUUUUAUGUAAAUAUACAUGCUUUUGCUUUAGAGGUAAAGGUAGACAGGUAAAUUGAAAAAAAACAUGUAUACACUUGUUUGACAGAUGUGAUACACUAGCUGCAAUAAUGGAAAUGAAACAAAUCUAUUAACAUUGUGCACAACCUCUCAUUUAAAGGUUUGAUUCCGUACCAGACACAUCAAUAAAACUUAAAAAAAAAAUUACCGUGUAUAUUUAGAGUUAAGAAUAAAUUUUGUUCUUUAGUUUUCUAUUCUAAUACUGUACAGUAUUAUAUAAUGUAUGGUAUUGCAUUUUGUAUGUAAAUUAGGCAUAUCGAAUGAGUGUUCGUUGAUGUAAACAAAGCCUUGUUUUGUAUCCAUCACCUAGUUUUGUACCUGGAGCAUUAUUUGAAUCCAAUAAUUGGGUUCUAUGUCAUAUUGGCUCUUAAGUUUGGGAUGAAUGUGGCUUACUAGAAAACAAUGUGUGUAGCAAAUCUGCCUUUAAACUUAACACACGGGGAAAAUAGGAAUAGGUUCUAGUCUCAAAUGUCCACUUUCCACUCGAUAAUACAUAUACAGUAUUAAACAAAGUAAAAUGAAUGUUAAUAUUCAAUAAAUCUACAAUUAGACACACCUUCCUAUACCUCCCACACACACCACCACUUCCUGAUACACGAUUAAUACUAUACUGGUUCUUCCUAGCUUACCGUAUUGCCCCAUACUUCCUGGAGAGCUGAUUGAAGCAUGCUCCCCUACUUACACUCUGUUAUGCCGUCUAAACUUGAUUAUGGCUAUCCUGCUUACUACUCUGCCUCUGCUUCAACUCUUCGUCCUCCUGAUGCUCUGCACCAUACUGAGUUACACCUCAGCUCUGGUGCCUUUCGUUUAUCCCUUACUUGAGGGCCUGUAUGUUGUAACCUGCGUCGUGUCUAAAGGAUCACCAUAAUCGUUACUUUGCAGUCCCUACAACACCUUUACUCUUGCUUAUGUCGUGCUUUGACCAUUACCCUUCUUGUGGGCCCCUAUUCCCUUUUACCAACUUCCUUUUUCUGUACGGAUGUCUCGCUUUCAAGAUUCUCUCAGUUCUCGUUACCAACAUUUCUCCUAGUGUCGUUCCAUCCUUGGCCCCAUGGAGGGUUCCACUUCCAAUGUUUUGCAACACUUUGACCCACAUGGCAAAGGCUUCUACCCCUCCGACAGUUCUGAAACCCCUUUUCCUUGCACACUUCCUCUCACUCCUGCUCCAUUGCCAUCUUCACAGAUGGGUUCAAGUCUGCCAACAGUGCAGGCUACUCGGUUGUAUUUCCUGACCACACCUAUAUGUGUUGCCUGCCCCCACUGACUAGCAUCUUCAUGGCAGAACUUUAUGUAAAUUUGUAUGUUCUUGGUCAACUGCUUUCUAGUCAACAUUUCUUUGUCGUAGUUGAUUCUUGCAGUGCCAGCAUGACUCUGGAGUCAUUUAAUCCUACCCAUCCUGUGGUAGUCGAACUUCAACAUUGGCCAUUUCUUGUCUCCAGCAGAUUUAAGGAGUUUUGCUGGGUUCUGAACCAUAUUGGCAUUUAUUUAAAUGAGCAUGUGGAUGCUGUUGCUAAGGAGGCUAUCCAACUUGUCUUAUUUCCCGCAAAGGCUUUCCUUAUUACAACUAAUACCCAGUCAUUCUUCAAUCCGUGCCCCUUAGCAGGGUCGUUGGUCCUGUUACUGGUAACAAACGGCAUGUUAUUAAGGGUAACCUUGGCCUUCCUCCUCACUAUAACAGGUGGUGGAAAACGGCUCUGGGGAGGUUACGCAUUGGCCAUACUCGUUUAGCUCACAGAAACUUAAUGGAGUGCCACCCUGCUUAUUAUCCAAACUGCAUUGUCUGUCUUACUGGUGUGUGUAUAUCCUUGUUAAAUGUCCUGACUUCCAGGAUGUGCAUGUGCCUUGCUUCCCGAAUCUCCCUUGCAGUAUUUUGUCCCUCGAUAGAAUCCUUGGUGAACCGGAUACCUUUGAUAUUUUUCACCUUGUGUGCUUUUGUUCUCGUAUUGGCAUCCUUAGUGACAUUUAACACCUUUUGAAUAUCCUGCAACUUCAAUGGUGCUACAUAGUUGCCCUAGCUUGGCACAUUCUUUUGAUAAUUAACUUGCUGGUUUACAGAUGUAAUAACGAACAUUUUAAAUGCACGUGAAGCUUACUCACUUGUGAAGCUACAGUUCCUUAAUUGUAGACAUACAGAGAUGUACAGUAAACUGAUUGUUGCGUAGCAGCAGCCAGCCAUCUAAGGCAGGGAGAAAAAAUAGAAGAAUCGUAUGGACAUGUGCCAACAGCUAGGUAAGGGUCGUCAAAGAAAACAAUUUGCGCCCAUACCAUUCCUUUAAAGUGUUAUGUAAUCAAUGAUUUGUGCUUUUUCCUAAUAAUUAUUUUAGGAGUAAAGAGGAUUUGCACUGAAUUCAUGGUUUGAGGCAAUCAUUGUACUACAUUGUUUCUUCAAUGCAUUUGUUUUUCUAGCUCCUAAAGAUGGUAUUUUUGUCCUGUUCUCUAUAGUCCCAACACUUCUUCCCAUGAGCUCGCUACUAAGGGUGUGACUACAACAGAAGUUUCUUCAGGAGAUUCCUUCCCUCACCAUUUUUCCAUAGUGUUCCAUUCUUCAAGGAUGCCAGUUGCUUGACUACCAUAUGAUUCACUUAUUUUACUUAUGUGGUAUGGACAAUACCUUAAACUUAUUUAAUGAGUAUACUGUGCACAUUGCACUUGUCUCAUACUCCACAAUUAAUAUUACCUGCUAUUUUGCACGGAGUAAAUGAUGGGAGGUUGUGAUACCUAGAUUGAAACUCCACACACAAUCUGGAUUGUUCUAUUGUUUAUCCCUGGCCUUUGUGGACACACAAAACUAACAGGAUUUAUGUUGUAAAAUAAAUAUUAAGGAUAUAAUAUUAGCAAUGUAUAAAGAUAAAUUUAUUUAGUAACAGUAUAUACAUAACAUUAUGAUGUAUCAAAGUAUGUGUAUAAUGUAUCAAAAUACAUGUAUUCCUUUGAAAAAGCUACUGCACACAUCAGUAAAAACUGAGCAAUAUGCUUAUUCUUUGUAGAAUCAAUUCUAUGCCAAUAUGUACCCGUGUUUAAUUUAACAAGUUUUAAGUACUGUAUAUAAAAUAUGUAUGGAUAUUUAUAUACCCUAUUGUACAUCAAAAUACGUGGCAAAUAAUUUUAUAUAAAAGUUCAUUCAAAGUAAUUUUAGUCACCAAUACUAAAGAUCCAAAAGUCAUAACAUGUUAAGAUAGUAGAGACGAUUAGUCUUCCAGGUUACAAACUACAGUACUUAACAUAGCAAGUAUUGUAAUGAAAAAUCUGGGUACAGUAUUUAGAAAAAUUAAAGUACAUACUACAACUACCUCAAAAAGUAGUUGCAAGCUUGUAAGGCACAUAUUGGUUUGGCUUCAUGAUUUUAUACUAUAGAAGAGUGGCAAAUGUCAUAAUAGAUGCUAUAUUACUUUACCUUUUAUGCAUACUGAUGACAAGUGCACACUGUACUUGACAACUAAAAGUUGUGGUAACUGAGCAUAAUGUUUCAAAUACCAGUGAAAAUAGAGGUAGAAUUCUUAGGCAUUAUUGGGUAGUGAGGCUCUUGCCCAGUGAAGAUGAAGAUGUAUACCUGUUCAUUAUUUAAAUAAUUGGACUCGAGCAUGUAUGGAUCAAUCACAAGUAGCCCCAAAAUAUGAGACUGGGAAUGUAUACCUUUCUUGGAAAAUUAUACAAUGAUGCUGACAGUAACUAAACCAACAAAAUGUCACACCAGCAGCAACACAAAACAUCAGGGCUAAUACAGUAUAUUCAAAAUGUACUAAUAUGAGAUUUACAAUGGCAACUCUUUCUAAAUACAGUACUGUACUGUAAAUGUGACUAAUGAUAGCCAUACAUUGAAAUCUCUAGAGUGGACUAAUUGGAACUGUACCUGUUUCAGCUUUGUGGAGCUGGUCCAACAGGCAUCUAACUAUUUUGUUUGUAUUUUUCUUGCCCUAAAUCAUGCAUUUUCCCUUCAAAAAAUUACUUAUUAAAUAAAUUGUCACUACACAUAUACAGUACUGCCUCAUUGGAACUCUUACAUUAGCCUAUGAGUUUGUGAAGAACAAUUUCUUAAACAAAACAAUUUACUGGGCUAAAGGACAAGUAAAUGAAAACCUAAGAGAAACAGAUUUAUACAAAAUAUUAACCUUAGUAUGAAAUUGAAGCAUAAACAGUAUAGCAGCCAAGCCUCUUUCCAUUCUUGUAUGCCAUUCCAUGUACAUAGUAGUCACCAGAGACUAGCCAGGCAGGUAGGAUGGUCACAAUAUUUGCUAUACUAAACAUUCCAUCCUUUACCACAUAAUGACCCUGAAAGGAAAUUAUAUUUCACAAAUCUUGUUACAACAAAUAUAUACCGUAUACCUAAUGUGUCAUAUGUCUGAACAAUUUAGGUACUCUUCCUUCAUUGUUCACACUGUGUACUCAACAGUAAUUGGUUAAGGUAAUUGGUAAUUGGUUAUUGAUACCAAUAUUUUGACAGACUGAUACUCUGAUGCAAAUACUGUAGUAGAAUUUAAGGCAAGGCUUCUCAGGGUUUGUAACCAAUGACAAAAAUAGUAUUGACAGUUAAAAAAUUCAUGACUAUUGUUACACAUCUGCUAAUGAAGCUGUUAACCGAGUCCCCAGCAGUGAUUACUGAUUAGUAACUCAAAACAAUCCAUAGCUACUCGAUGUCUUUGGUUUGAGACAAGAUUCCUUAAAUUGCUACCACAUUGAUCUUGAAUCUUUUAAUUGAAAUACAAGCGAGCUUUUUUUUUUUAAAGGACUGUGUACCAUAUCCUCCAGAGUAACCAAAAAACAAAAAAAUAAAAAUCAUAACU